AUGAAAAUCCUCCGCUUAUUGCUGCUAGCGGGGCUAGCUGUGGCUAAACAGCCCAAUAUCCUCUUUAUCUUGACUGACGACCAGGGCAAGCAUGUUGGAGGAUUGGAAUACAUGCCCAAGCUUCAAGAGCUUCUAGUUCAGAAAGGAGCAAGGUAUCCCAAGCACUAUUGCUCAGUCGCCAUCUGCUGUCCGUCGCGCGCAAAUCUCUGGACAGGGCGUAUGCCACACAAUACCAACGUAACAGACGUCUCAUUGCCAUAUGGUGGAUAUCCAAAGUUCGUAUCAGCCGGCUGGAACGAUAAUUACCUACCCCUCUGGAUGCAAGAUGCAGGGUACAACACGUAUUACGUGGGAAAGUUAUGGAAUUCCCACACGGAGGAUAACUACAACAAGCCCUACGCGCGCGGAUUCAAUGGCUCUGAAUUCCUUCUCGAUCCAUACACAUACCAAUACUACUUUGCGCGCAUGACUCGCAACGGCAACCCACCCGUCCAUUACGACGGCCAAUACUCGACCGAUGUGAUUGCUGAGAAAGCAGCGGGAUUCCUGGACGAAGCAAUGGCGCAAGAUCGGCCGUGGAUGUUGACUGUUGCGCCGAAUGCGCCGCACGCUAAUGGCUCCUAUGAUCCCACGCGUGAUGCGGACUGGUUCGGCGAGCCGGAGUUUGCACCGAGGCAUGCCAAUUUGUUUAAAGGCGUUAAAGCACCUCGCGAUGAGAGUUUUAACGCGCUGAUUGAGGGUGCUGUGGGCUGGACGCAAACUCUGCCUGAGUUGAGUCAAAAGGAGAUUGACUAUAUUGAUCUAUUUCAGCGUUGCCGCCUGCGUGCUCUGCAGGCUGUUGAUGAGAUGAUUGGUAAUUUGGUCGAGAAGCUUGAGAAGGCGGGUGAACUGGACAAUACCUACAUCUUUUUCUCCACUGAUAAUGGAUAUCACCUGGGUCAGCACCGUAUGCAGCCUGGAAAGACUUGUGGUUACGAAACCGACAUCCAUAUUCCUCUCAUCGUUUGGGGGCCUGGUAUUCCAGAGAACCAGGUGAUUGAUGUGGUGACUAGUCACACAGAUCUCGCGCCCACCUUCUUGGCAAUCGCCAAUUCGUCGAGAGAAGGUCUCGAUGGCAAGGCCAUCCCAACCACCGUGGCCGCUGGCAAAUUGCACAAAAAGAAGGAGCAUGUCGCCAUUGAGUUCUGGGGAACGGGUAUCCCAGAAGGCAUCUACGGCUUUGCAAGCGAUAGGGAGCAAGACCCAUACAACAACUUCCAGAACAAUACCUACAAGGGUGUCCGACUCGUUGCCGAUGACUAUAGUCUCUACUAUGCGGUUUGGUGUACAAACGAGAAGGAGUUUUACAACCUUAAGGACGACCCCUUCCAGACAGUUAAUCUCGCAGCCCAUCCGAAUAAGCAUGCAAACUUCAAAAUCGCCAAUCGGAGACUUGCUCAGAUCAUCAGCCGUCUUGAUGCUUUGAUGAUGGUUCUGAAGUCCUGCGGUGGUGAUUCCUGUCGGGACCCAUGGGGCCAGCUACACCCUGGCGGCCAAGUGACCACCCUUUCCGAAGCAUUGGCUCCUGCUUUCGAUACAUUCUAUCAGAAUCAACCCAAAGUCUAUUUCUCGGCUUGCGAACUUGGGUACCUCAUUGCUUCAGAGGGUCCGCAGGAGUUCAAUGCAUACCAUGGUGAACAAAAUGAGACGAAAGGAUGGUAA